AUGUCGGCUACUUUCUCGCCCCGAACUCCUCGAGGCCAGCAAGACGACCUGCCUUCGACACCAUACUCCAACUCCCCCUUCAAAUCCCUCUACAACCAAUCUCCCUCCACAUCUUCUCCUCUCUCUCGCCAAUACACCUCUCACUCCUCAACCUCUCGCCUCGCGCCGAGUCCUAAACCCAACUCGUCGUCGUCGUCGUCGUCGUCCUCAAAGUCGCUGCUGGUGUCUGAUCUGCCGACCGGCUCGCGGCCUGCUACGCCGCAGGAUAUCCCGAAAGGCAGAUGGCGGCAUCCGGCAUUCGACGAGUUGAAUAAGCGGGUGGCGAGCUCGGAGUUUACGCAGGUUACGAGCCAGAAGAUUAUCCAGAACGCGGUCGCGCUGGCGGUGUAUUCGAUUGUUGUUAAAGUGCUUGGACAGUGGAACUGGAUUGAGGAGUUUGAGUUGAAAUACGAACUGCUCUCAAAAGCAGCACACUACUUUGGUCUGAUCCUACAGGUGAUCUUCAUCUGGAACAUCAUCAGCGGCGCGCUACGGCUUUUCAACAAAAAAGAUAAUCUAGAAGAUAUCCCAUUAACUCCCAACCAGCGCCGACUAAUGGGCCUCAGCGACAGCGGAAAAGGACUCUCACCCGCAUCACCACUAACUCCCCCCAAAUACGUCAAAACCUUCGGCUCGUCCCGCGAGUCUCCGCACGCCUCGCCUCUCAUCAAAAAAUCAAUGCAAGAAGCUAUCGCUAAAAACGCCCAGCAGCAGCAGCAGCAGCAAAGCUCCCCACGCACGCCCGGCGCGCAGACCUCGACCCGGUCGUCGUCGACGAGUACACCCCAGCGAAGCGGAGCUCUUGACGCCACAAAAAUCAAGCAUUCGCCGUCGUCGCCGUUGGCGUCGCCUGCUAUACCCGGGUCGAUGAGUUUCUCGGCUAGCGGACGGUACUUGUACAAUAUCUCUGAUUCUCCAGGGCGUAAGUCUCCUUUUAUUUAA